GUAUCUGUGUGGGUGUGUUUGUGUGUACACAUGUGGUGAUGUCAUGAUCUGUGGUGUGUGUUGGUCAGGGUUGGGAUGUCAUGUUUACGUUGUUCUGAUUGCUCUGUCUUUGUGCAUCUUCACCAUCAUUCACAGGUAACUGACCUCACAGUAAGUGUUGUGGGUCAUUCUAGGUUGUUUGUAGGUCAGUUGUAUCACCCUAGCUAGUAUCUUUUCCCAUGAUCCUAAAUCAAUCCCUUACCCCUAGUCCCCUACUUAGUAUUCACUAGUGUAGAUCUGAAAGGGAACUGUUACCAGAUGAUACCAUGCUGAUGCUUCUAGAGUUGGUGGAGAACUGUUACCAGACUGAUACCAAUCUGAUGCUUCUAGAGUUAGUGGAGAACUGUUACCAGACUGAUGAUACCAAGCUGAUGCUUCUAGAGUUAGUGGAGAACUGUUACCAGACUGAUGAUACCAAGCUGAUGCUUCUAGAGUUAGUGGAGAACUGUUACCAGACUGAUGAUACCAAGCUGAUGCUUCUAGAGUUAGUGGAGAACUGUUACCAGACUGAUGAUACCAAGCUGAUGCUUCUAGAGUUAGUGGAGAACUGUUACCAGACUGAUGAUACCAAGCUGAUGCUUCUAGAGUUAGUGGAGAACUGUUACCAGACUGAUGAUACCAAGCUGAUGCUUCUAGAGUUAGUGGAGAACUGUUACCAGACUGAUGAUACCAAGCUGAUGCUUCUAGAGUUAGUGGAGAACUGUUACCAGACUGAUGAUACCAAGCUGAUGCUUCUAGAGUUAGUGGAGAACUGUUACCAGACUGAUGAUACCAAUCUGAUGCUUCUAGAGUUAGUGGAGAACUGUUACCAGACUGAUGAUACCAAUCUGAUGCUUCUAGAGUUAGUGGAGAACUGUUACCAGACUGAUGAUACCAAGCUGAUGCUUCUAGAGUUAGUGGAGAACUGUUACCAGACUGAUGAUACCAAUCUGAUGCUUCUAGAGUUAGUGGAGAACUGUUACCAGACUGAUGAUACCAAUCUGAUGCUUCUAGAGUUAGUGGAGAACUGUUACCAGACUGAUGAUACCAAUCUAAUGCUUCUAGAGUUAGUGGAGAACUGUUACCAGACUGAAGAUACCAAGCUGAUGCUUCUAGAGUUAGUGGAGAACUGUUACCAGACUGAAGAUACCAAGCUGAUGCUUCUAGAGUUAGUGGAGAACUGUUACCAGACUGAUGAUACCAAUCUGAUGCUUCUAGAGUUAGUGGAGAACUGUUACCAGACUGAUGAUAACAAUGUGAUCCUUCCACAGUUAUGCAAGUGUGUGGAAGGUGGGGCGGGCAGGACCUUAGCAUUUUUAGCAUGUUGGUUUUUAGCAUCUAGUCUGUCCUGUUGCAUCGACCCUGGGUUGCUCCACUAAAACAGUGAAACACUUAUUUGAUGUGCUAUUUACUUGACCCACAACUGCUGAAUGUUGUGGGUCAGUGUCUCCCAGCCUCUUCACCACAGUCACUACUCUAGAUCAGAUAGGCUUUGUUUUAUGAUCAAAAAUAAUUGAGAAUACUUUUUUUUUUCAUGUUAUUUAUUCAAUAAACUUUACCUCAUAGUAGGUAAUAGCUUGGUGAGUGGAAUUGAGGAUUUGGAAUUGUCCUCUCUG